ACUACUUCACAGUCGCCCAAAGGCGCUCUGCUGCUGGGGCCACCAGGUUGCGGCAAGACGCUGCUCGCUAAGGCGGUUGCAACAGAAGGUCAGGUCCCCUUCCUCGCCAUGAACGGAUCAGAGUUUAUUGAGAUGAUCGGCGGCCUCGGCGCUGCCAGAGUCAGAGAUCUUUUUCUGGAGGCGAAAAAAAGAUCGCCCUGUAUUGUUUACAUCGACGAGAUUGACGCUAUAGGCCGAAAACGCAGCGGAACUCGUGGAGGAUCCGAAGGUUCUUCAGAGGGCGAGCAAACCCUCAACCAGCUGCUCGUCGAGAUGGACGGGAUUGGUACCAAGGAGGGCGUUGUGGUCCUCGCCUCUACCAACAGACUCGACAUGCUCGACAAGGCAUUGCUGCGCCCUGGUCGUUUUGACCGACAUAUCAUGCUGGAUUUGCCUACUCAGGAGGAACGUCAAGAGAUCUUGGAGCACCACAUGAAAAGCAUCGUUCUGGCUUAUGAACCUCAACAUUACUCAAAGCGCCUUGCCGCCUUAACUCUGGGUUUCAGUGGAGCAGAGCUUGCGAAUGUGGUGAAUGAGGCGGCCUUGUACGCUGCACGCCACGCGCGCGACAAGGUGUCAGGCUCAGACCUGGAAUACGCAGUCGAACGCGUCGUCGGCGGAAUUGAGAAGAAAUCGUCCACGGUGAGUCCAGAGGAGCGUCGCGUGGUUGCCUAUCACGAGGCCGGCCACGCGCUGGUGGGGUGGCUACUGGAGCACACGGACGCCCUUCUAAAAGUUACCAUCGUACCCCGCACGUCUCACGCUCUAGGGUUUGCUCAGUACCAACCCAAGGACCAGAAACUCUACACACAAGAACAGCUUAUAGAGCGCAUGUGCAUGGCGUUGGGAGGGCGUGUGGCGGAAUCGCUGAUGUUCAAUAGGAUCACGACUGGCGCUCAGAACGACCUCGACAAAGUGACUAAGCUUGCGUACGCUCAGAUUCGGCAAUUUGGCUUCAGCUCGGCGGUGGGCCAAGUAUCGUUCCCUGAUACGGACGAGCGCUCAAUCGGCCGCCGUCCAUAUUCCAACCAACUAGCUAACCUUAUCGACAGAGAGGCUAAUGCACUUAUAUUCAAGGCAUACAAGACCACAGAAGAAAUAAUCUCACAAAACUUGGACAAACUCAAACUGCUGGCAGAGGCGUUGCUGGAAAAAGAGACCCUCAGCUAUGAAGCGGUGGAGGAACUAUGGGGACCACCUCCCCACGGCCCCAAACAGACGAUCGAUCCCCUGCAGUUCGAGGGAGAAGUGCGGGCAUGGAAGGAGGGCUCACCGCAGCCCCCAGCUCCUGAAUGAGUUUAAUCUUUUCAAGAGUUAUAUUUUCACCUCCUUAUAUGUGGUUUUCAUUGAGCAAUCGUUCGUUCAUCCAUCAAUCAGGAAGUCCUUUUAAUUUUUCAUUGCUGAGAGUAGACCGUUGCUUUUUUCACAAAUAAAUUGCCUUGAAUAAUUCGUGUCGAAUAAAUUCAUAUUAGCAGAUGGCAGACGUUACUCAUGCCAGUUUCUAAACGUGGUGAAAGGUUAACCAGUAAUAACUGGCUGUACAAUGAAAUUUUGAUUUUGCAUGGGCGACAAACUGAAUCAUUUGAGUCAAGAUCCGACAUUUAAUUCUGGUACCGGAAUUCUCAAUUCAUAAAUCUCGCCGCAGAAAUGUACCUACAAAUAUGAGAGCUGUGCAUAGUUGAGGUCUUGUUGUGAUACCUGUAAACGGCAACAAAAAUCUCAGUUGUUACUUAUUCAACUGCUGAAUAGACCUCGAGGACUAGCAGUAUUCAGUACGCGUCCUAUUAAAUGUAAAAUUUUCCACUUGGCAGGGUACGUUCACGCAUGUCAGUUAUUGUUAACAGUGAGGUACUUUCAAGCAGUCGCGCUUGGAGCGCAAGCUGAUGUAAAAUUAUAGAGAAACUGACCAGAUGCUCACAAAAUGCUUCAUUGUUCAUAAACUAGUUAUGUAUUUGAUCUAAUAAUGUAAAUAUACGUCUAGAAAAUCAAA